GCUGUUCGACGUAAACAUUGUCACUUCGUGCAUUUUUUAAAAAAGUCUUUUAAACGUUAACGAUAAACUUCUGAACGGGUCUGAUGGCAGAGACCGCGCCAGCUCCGGCAGCCUCCACGGCCAAAGCGCCGAAAAAGAAAUCCGCCUCAAAGGCGAAGAAGUCCGGACCGAGCGUGUCAGACUUGAUCCUGAAAGCCGUGUCCGCGUCCAACGAGCGCAAAGGCGUGUCUCUGGCGGCGCUGAAGAAAGCGCUCGCGGGCGGCGGAUACGACGUAGAGAAGAACAACUCACGCGUCAAGCUCGCGCUCAAAGCGCUCGUUAAAAAGGGCUCGCUCGUGCAGACCAAAGGCACCGGAGCGUCCGGCUCGUUUAAAGUCAGCAAAGGCGGCGCGGUGAAGAAACCAGCCAAGAAGAUUGAGGUCAAAGCCAAGAAGCCUGCGCCGAAAAAACCGGUGGCUAAAGCGGUAAAGCCUAAAAAAGCACCGGCUAAGAAACCUGCUGCUAAAAAAGCGCCUAAGAAAGUGAAGAAACCCGCAGCAGCUGCGGCUAAAAAGGCCACAAAGAGCCCGAAGAAGGCGAAGAAACCCGCGGCGAAGAAAGUGACCAAGAGCCCGAGCAAGAAGGUCAAAGCCGGGAAGCCCAAAGCAGCCAAACCCAAACCGGCCAAGGCGAAGAAGGCGGCUGCGAAGAAGAAGUAAAAAAAAAAACUUAAAAAACAUCUAUAAUACCACCGAGUUGUCAGAGAAAGAGUUAAAUUUUGGACUGAGCAUGCGCAGAACUGAUUAUAAUACUACUACGGGCUACAGGAGGAGUGGAAAUGAGCUUAGAGACGAGAUUAUAAACAGCUGAACAAAAAGCGGCACACUGAACAUUAGCCAUGUUUCCAUCCGGCUUUUUCACAGGAGAAACACUUUCACAUUAUACAUGGUUUGUGGAUAUUUCUCUCUCUCUCUCUCUCUCUCUCUCUCUCUCUCUCUUUUUCUCUUUUUUCCCCAAAAUGUCUUUAACUUUUAUUGAUACAAAUUUGCGACAAUAGAAAUGUUUGUUAAAAAGAAACUGGGAUUUUUAUAUGUGUGUAAUUCCCAAAAACCAAAAAAAAAAAAAAACAUCCUUGUGUAGUCCGUCCGCACUUCCGGUAGAGAAAGUAGUGUUUUGUUUUUGUUUUUGUUUGUUUUUUGUUGUUUUUUAAACGGAAGUGACGUAACGUUCACCUGAACAGUGAUGGGAUAUUUGAAUGGAAAUAUUGCUAUUGAUUUAAUGGACUCUGAAAACACAACACACUGUCACUACCUCUGCACACAACGCACAAAUCCGAUUAAGGCUUUGUGCAGCUUUUCCAAACCCUUUCCGAGCCGCUUACACCACAGACCUGGAAACAAACAAACAAACAAACAAACAAACAAGUCUUUACACUAAAACUCCAACUGUACAUGACAUUCUAUGUGUGUUAUUUUUUUCCACAUCUCUACCUAACCUCAUUUUAUUUUUUAUUUUAUUAUUUUAUUUGUAAUAGUCUGUGCCCAUGUUAGUCCCAUUUUUAUCUCUGUAAAUAAAUCCUGAUUGAAACUUCCUGUAAAUAGCCAGGACAAAGAUGUUAAUUUAUUUAUUUGUGUAACAAUAACAGCUCUUCUGUAGUUGUGGUAUAACAUGUCUCAUUUUUUCAUUCAAACUUUUAAGCAUUUAUGUAAAAAAAAAAACAAACAAACAAAAAACAUUUUAAUACAAAAAGUCCAAAUAAAACAAGUGCAAAAGCCAAA